AUGCAUCGAAUUCCCAAGUUUUACAGAUGGCUCAGCGAGCGCUACCCGCUGGUCAACCAGCCGGGCGGCGCCACGGUGGUGCCCAUCAUCGACAACUUGUACCUUGACAUGGUGAGUGAGGCGGCAGGCGGCAGCAUGGGGGCGGCAAAGGGCAGCAGCAGCAGCAGCAGCGCACGCCGGGCACACGCAGCCUGCCGCUGCCUGCGGCAGGGCGGCGCUCCCAACGGCAUCAUCCACAACUGCACCCACGGCAACAACCCGGACGUGCGCCUGACCGAGGAGGAGAUGAUCCUCAAGAUCUUCACCUACCUGGACAAGUUGUUCCACAUCGUCAAGCCGCAGGCAGGGGGCGGGAAGCUGCUGUUCAUGGCGAUAGACGGCAGCGCGCCUCGCGCCAAGAUGAACCAGCAGCGCGCACGACGCUUCAAGUCGGCGCGGGAGGCUCAGGAGGCGAUGGAGGCUGCUGUGCGGCGGGGGGAGCCGGUGCCCGAGCCCGACGCGCGAUUUGACAGCAACUGCAUCACGCCCGGCACACGUGAGGGCACGCUGCCACGCUGUGGCACGCUGUGCAUGCUGGGCGACGCUGCGCUGCGCUGCGCUGCGCUGCGCUGCGCUGCGCUGCCGUGCUGGAAGCGCCGCCCCGACUACGCGCCCAACAUGCGGCACUGCCUGUACGGGCUGGACGCAGACCUCAUCAUGCUCAG